CUUAUGUCACUGGGAUUCCCAUGUAGACGGCAUAUAAGGACGGAAAAGUAGGUCUAUACAGUAAAACAUUGACAGGAAAAGAUCUCAGGUUGGACAACGCGUCGUCUGUUGACAGGUGUUUCCUAACAUUUAAACCAAUUUAAAAUGAAGACCUUUGACCUUCCAACCACGUAUGCCAACAACACGAUGAUUGUAAAGGCCGCGACAAUAUUUAUACCAACACUAUUAGGUUUGGCCUCCCUUGGGAUUUUGUUUUUGAGACGAAGGAAAAAUCAGAACGGUUGGCUCAGUCGCAAAUCCGUGCCUCUAAAUGAUAAGAGUAAUUUCUUUCGCCUGACCCGUCUUCUAUUAGACUUUGGUGGCAAUGUGCUGCGCGAUUUCUUGUCCCGCGAAAUGCAGAAGAAAUACCCAAAUGAUUUUGACCCCACAUCUGGUAAUAUGCGAGGAGUGCUGACAAAGGUGCAAAGCAUUUUGUGCAAUAUGCCGAAAAAGAUAUUUAACGACUCUCAACGAGAUUUCUGCUAUCCUGGGGGCACUCCAGCCACAAAUGUGUUCUUGGAUGAUAUAGACAUAACAUUGGCAGGGGUUUUGUUGAGAAAUAUUACCACAUUGUCGCCAAACUCGUCAAAAUGGUCAAAACCAUCUGCGACAGAUACAGACCCUAUUGCUCUUCUUAGCAGAUUUAGAACGUAUAGAAAUAUAUUCCACGGACAUGCUUCAAACGCAGCCAUUGAAACCACACCGUUUCUGAAACUUUUCCAUGAGAUAAAAGAUUUGCUCCUUGGCCUCUCGACGGUUUACUCCAAGGCAGACUACCUAUCACUCCUUGAAGAACCCUUAGAUUCGAAUCUGGUCGCCAAAAACUCUGAGCUCUUCGAAAGAUGGAUUCAUGUUCAGAAUAUGCCUAUUGAGGAAGUUGAGCAUAGGUUGUCCGACAGAAUUGUGAAGGAACUGAGGUAUCUCCGUGAGACAACCAACAAUGGUUUUGAGAGGAUGUCACAGUUGCUAAACGGCGCUGGUAACCAAUUACUUCCCCAAAAUUCGAUUCAAGCUGGAGGGGUUCCAAAAACUGAAGAAACCCCUACCUCCAGAGAUGUUCCAACAACUGGAGAAACCCCCACGGCCGGAGAUGUUCCAACAACAGGUGAAACCCCCGCUACAGGAGAUGUCCCAACAAGUGGAGAAACCCCCACCACCGGAGAUGUUCCAACAACAGGAGAAACCCCCACCACCGGAGAUUUUCCAACAAGUGGAGAAACCCCCGCUACCGGAGGUGUUCAAACAACUGGAGAAACCCCCACCACCGGUGUUGUUCCAACAACUGGAGAAACGCCCACCAUCAAAGAUUUGUCAACUGAAAAUCACACUAACAUAGAGGUUAAAGCAACCGAAGAAAAACCCAGUGCCCGAGUCAUCCCUACAAAUUCAACGACUGAAGUUAUCUAUAAGAGAGAAAAAUAUUCUCCAGCUGAGUCAUCGCCUUUUUUCCGCGCCAUUGAGGUUUUACACACGGAUAAUGUAAUGAAAGCCGAGGCUGAAGAGGCCUGCGAAGUGGAAAUAAAACCCUGCACAGAAGAAUUUUAUGAAACAUUUGCAAAUGAUCCAGAUGUUUACUCCAAUACAUCGACUCCAAGAGGAAGGGCUGUCAUUAUUAAUAACGAGAUGUACAGCUGCGGCAACCUGAGAAAUCGCACAGGGACGGAUGCAGACUCAGAGACGCUGCAGAAUCUCUUGUAUCAAUUACAGUAUAGGGUCCAGGUCCACCACGACCUUUCUUCGGAGCAAAUACAUAGACUGCUGGAGCGUGAAAGCAAAAGGGAUGUUCACAAAAAGUACGACUCCUUCAUCCUGAUAAUACUGACUCAUGGGACCAAGGAAGGGAUGUAUGGAACAGAUGGAAACUUGGUGCCCUAUGACGUCAUCAAACAGUAUUUCAACAACGCUAACUGCGAAGGCUUGAGAGGAAAGCCGAAGAUUGUUAUUAUACAAUCGUGCCUUGGAAGUGAGUGCUGAAAUAACAAUAAGUACACAGCAUGUCAUGUUAUAGUAUUGUUAAGGAUUUCACAUUGAAUUUCUGAAUGGAGAUUUCUUUCUUUAUACCCCCAGUAGAGAUUUCAUAAUGUGGUGGUUAAAUAG